GGUGCCUAGGCGGGCCGAGGGCGCAUGCGCCGUGGCGCCGGCCCGCUCGGGUUCCAGGGCUGCUGGCGACGGCGAAGUCUGCGUUUCCGUCCGGCGGCCGCGCGGCCCUGGGAUAGUCCAUAGAGGAUGCCAAAUGAGAGAGACUUCCAGUCAAGUCAAGCAGAGGAGCGAGACUGCUUACAGGGUCAGCCUGUCAAUGAUAAUGAAGAAAUGACCAUUAAGCCAGAAGACAAUGGCCCUGAGGAGAUGGGGGACAGCGGUCCCUCCUGUUCCUCUGCCAGUGAGCCAUCCACUGCCCUGGAGGGGCAUUCAUCCGAGGGUCCGAGAAGAGGGCUGGCCCUGUUGCACAUCGACAGGCAUCAGAUCCAGGCGGUGGAGCCCAGUGCGCAGGCCCUUGAGCUUCAGGGCUUGGGGGUGGACGUCUACGACCAAGAUGUGCUGGAGCAAGGGGUGCUGCGGCAGGUGGACAGCGCCAUCCACGAGGCCGGCCGCGCAGCACAGCUUGCUGAUGCAGAGAAGGAGUACCGCUCCAUCCUGGAUGACCUCACGUCAUGUACAACAUCCCUAAGGCAAAUCAAUAAAAUCAUUGAACAACUUAGCCCACAAGCUGCCACCAACAGAGACAUCAACAGGAAACUAGAUUCUGUAAAACGACAGAAGUAUAAUAAGGAACAACAAUUAAAGAAGAUCACAGCAAAACAAAAACGUCUGCAGGCCAUCCUUGGUGGUGCAGAGGUCAGGGUUGAAAUGGAUCAUGCCAGUAUGGAAAUAGAGGACGAAGAGCCAGGGCCCUCCUCCCUGGGCAGCAUGCUCAUGCCUGUUCAGGAGACUGCGUGGGAAGAGCUGAUCCGCACCGGCCAGAUGACACCUUUUGGUACCCAGAUCCCUCAGAAACCGGAGAAAAAGCCUAGGAAACUCAUGCUCGACGAAGAGUCAGGCUUUGAGAAAUAUUUGGCGGAUCAGGCAAAACUGUCUUUUGAAAGAAAGAAGCAAGCCAGUGCUCGGAGAGUGGCUAAAAAAGCACAGACCUCGGUCAGGUCUGAGCCGAGCUCAGCCCUCGGCGAGACCACACCAAAGAAAGGAAGCCAGGCGCUCUCCAAAACGGACGCGCGUCUGAAAAAGCAUCUCCGGAAACUGCAGAGGAGGGCCCUUCGGCUCCAAGGGAACCUGGCCUUGCCGAGGGGAAAGAAGCCUCCGGAGUGCGAUGGAAAGUUGAAGGCAGAGGGAGAUUCCGAGGGGGAAGAGUCUGAGUACUUGCCCUCGGAGGAGGAGGUGGAGGAGGAGGAAGAGGAGGAGGAAGAAGAGCGAGCAGGGGCCAGGCUGUCAGAAGGUACCGGCUGUGAGCCCAGGCCUGCAGUCAAGAGCAGGAAACGGCCAAAGAAAAUCACAGUGCAGGAGAUUGAUGAUGACUUUUUCCCGAGCUCCGAAGAUGAAGCCGAAGUCACGGGUGGAGGAGCAGCAGCACGUGGCCGGAAGGUGAUGAGAUGCCGGGAUGAUGGAGACGAAGAGUACUUUAAGCAGCGGUUAAGGAGAUGGAAUAAACUGAGACUGCAGGACAAAGAGAAGUCUCCGAAGCUUGAAGAUGAUUUUGAAGAAAGUGAUGCUGAAUUUGAUGAAGGUUUUAAAAUGCCAGGUUUUCUGUUCAAAAAGCUUUUUAAGUACCAGCAGACAGGUGUUAGGUGGCUGUGGGAAUUGCACUGCCAGCAGGCAGGAGGAAUUCUGGGAGACGAAAUGGGAUUGGGCAAGACCAUCCAGAUAAUUGCCUUCUUGGCAGGUCUGAGCUACAGCAAGAUCAGGACUCGUGGUUCAAAUUACAGGUUCGAGGGGUUGGGUCCCACUAUAAUAGUCUGUCCGACUACGGUGAUGCAUCAGUGGGUAAAGGAAUUUCACACAUGGUGGCCUCCUUUCAGAGUGGCAAUUCUACAUGAAACGGGCUCCUAUACCCACAAAAAGGCGAAACUUGUUCGAGAAAUUGCUCAUUGUCACGGAAUUUUGAUCACCUCUUACUCCUACAUCCGACUGAUGCAGGAUGACAUCAGCAGGCACGACUGGCACUAUAUCAUCUUGGAUGAAGGGCACAAAAUCAGAAACCCCAAUGCUGCCGUCACCCUUGCUUGCAAACAGUUCCGUACCCCACAUCGCAUCAUCUUAUCUGGCUCUCCAAUGCAAAAUAACCUCCGAGAGUUGUGGUCACUCUUUGACUUUAUCUUUCCCGGAAAGCUCGGCACCUUGCCUGUGUUUAUGGAGCAGUUCUCAGUCCCCAUCACCAUGGGGGGAUACUCAAAUGCUUCCCCCGUACAGGUGAAAACUGCAUAUAAGUGUGCAUGUGUCUUACGGGAUACCAUAAAUCCAUACCUACUUCGGAGAAUGAAGUCAGAUGUCAAAAUGAGCCUUUCACUACCUGAUAAAAAUGAACAGGUCUUAUUUUGUCGUCUUACGGAUGAGCAGCAUAAAGUCUACCAGAAUUUCAUUGACUCCAAAGAAGUUUACAGAAUUCUCAAUGGAGAAAUGCAGGUUUUCUCUGGGCUUAUUGCCCUGAGAAAAAUCUGCAACCAUCCUGAUCUCUUCUCUGGAGGCCCCAAGAAUCUCGGAGGUGUUCCCGAGGAUGGGCUCGAGGAAGAUCAGUUUGGAUACUGGAAACGUUCUGGAAAGAUGAUAGUUGUCGAGUCCCUAUUGAAAAUCUGGCACAAGCAGGGCCAGCGAGUUUUGCUGUUUUCUCAGUCAAGACAGAUGUUGAACAUACUUGAAGUAUUCCUUAGAGCCCAAAACUAUUCUUAUCUCAAGAUGGAUGGUACUUCUACGAUCGCAUCGAGACAGCCUCUGAUUACAAGAUACAAUGAGGACACAUCCAUUUUUGUGUUUCUGCUGACCACUCGGGUGGGUGGCUUAGGCGUCAACCUGACAGGUGCCAACAGAGUCAUCAUCUACGACCCCGACUGGAACCCCAGCACAGACACACAGGCUCGAGAGCGUGCGUGGAGGAUAGGACAGAAGAAACAGGUGACGGUGUACAGGCUGCUGACUGCGGGCACCAUCGAAGAGAAGAUUUACCACCGACAAAUCUUCAAGCAGUUUUUGACAAACAGAGUACUAAAAGAUCCAAAGCAAAGACGGUUUUUCAAAUCCAAUGAUCUUUAUGAGCUCUUUACUUUAACUAGCCCUGAUGCGUCUCAGAGCACUGAAACAAGCGCUAUUUUUGCAGGAACUGGUUCAGAUGUUCAGACACCCAAAAGCCAUUCAAAAAGAAAACCUCAAGCAGUCUUUGGAACAAACCAUAAUACUUCAGGUCACCAAAAGUUCCCUGGGUCUAGCGCAUCUGUGGAUGAUGUCACAUCAGCUAAAAAAAAAUCGGCAGCUCUAAGAACUGAAGUAAAUGCACUGACUGCGAAUCAAGGGGAUCCUUUGAAAGAUGCCCUGGAAACACCCAGUGCUCUCACUGGCAAUGACAGACUUGGAGAGGAGGUAAAAGCAGUGCCUAGACCAGAGGAGUCAUCAGAGUUGCGUGGAAAUGGGGACUCUUCCGUGUCUCCAAGAAUCGGUGAAACACAUGGGACACCUGGCGUGGAAGACCUCGAGGGAAAGGAGGGUCUUCCUGCUAAGAAAGAAACCUGCCAGAUCCAAACAGAACCGCCUUGGGAAGGUGAACAGACGGAAAAUAAUUCUUACAAGCGCAAAUCAAAAACCAAACACAGUGUGGCAGAAGAAGCAACCCUGGAGAAACCUCUGACCCCAAAGCAGAAGAAGUCCAAGCAUCACAGGGAUGCCAAGUUCGAAGGCACUCGCGUUCCCCACCUGGUGAAGAAACGGCAGUAUCAGAAGGAAGACAACGAAGACGAGAGCAAGCCCAAGGAACAGAGCAAUGACGAUUAUGUUCUGGAAAAGCUUUUCAAAAAAUCAGGUGUGCACAGUGUCAUGAGACAUGAUGCCAUCAUGGACGGAGCCAGUCCCGAUUACGUGCUGGUCGAAGCGGAGGCCAACCGUGUGGCCCAGGAUGCACUGAAGGCGCUGAAGCUCUCCCGGCAGAGGUGUCUGGGAGCCCUGUCGGGUGUUCCCACCUGGACCGGCCACAGGGGGGGUUCCGGCGCACCAACAGGAGUAAAGAGUAGAUUCGGUCAGAAAAAGAACUCCAGGUUUUCUCUGCCACAUCCUUCAACAUCUCCAAAGGAGAAAUGCCAGGAUGGCCUCACGAAAAAGGACGGAAAAGAUCAUAUUUCUGAACAUUUUAGUGGAAAGAGUGAAAAUGCAGAGUCUUCAUCUGGGGCUCCCACGUCCUCCUCACUGUUGGCCAGAAUGAGGGCUAGGAACCACCUGAUUUUGCCAGAGCGGUUGGAAAGCGAAAAUGUGCCCUUUCAGGAGACUCUGGUCCCACAGCCCUCUGCCACAGAACAUGACGACCUUCUGGUGGAGAUGAGAAACUUCAUUGCUUUCCAGGCCCGGGUUGACGGCCAGGCCACCACACAGGAGAUUCUGCAGGAGUUUGAAUCCCGAUUAUCAGCUUCACAGUCCUGUGUCUUUCGAGAACUGUUGAGAAAUCUGUGCACUUUCCAUCGGACUUCAAGUGGUGAAGGAAUCUGGAAACUCAAGUCAGAAUACUGCUGAUCACUGUUCCUGUGUAUACUUAAUUUGACUUUUCCUCACGGAGGUUCCUGAUUGUUAAUUUGGUGAUGAAUAAUCAAAUUCACCAUCGUGAUCCCUCUGAUCGAUCAUGUCACGCAGUGAAUGGAGACAGACUGCUGCACUUAAUGUUUACUCUGAAGAUCUACCUCAUAAUGAAAGCUGCAGGGACCAAGAAAGUGUUCUGUGAAAUGAAAAAACAUUUUAGAAUGCUAAAUUAACUCAAGAAAAUAAUUGGGCUUAUUUUCUUUCCUUUUAUUGUCAUUAUUAUUAUUUUUUUUUGA